AUGAUGGUAGAUAAAGGGGAUAGAACCCCGGAAGUGUAUGAUCAUCACUUUUGGGAGAGUGAACCUUCCCUAACUCUGAGGAAGGUAGUGAAGCCUGACGGCACAAAGUUUCGGUACUUUGACGAAACGAGUAUAUUCAGCUUUAUAUUUUUCACAUGGGCAUAUAAAUGGACCAAAGCGGCAGGGGAGAAGUAUUUUGACCCUUACAUGCUUCAUCCUCUUCCCUUGGCCGACCAGAUACUCCGCUGGCAGCCUAUUCUUUCUAAGCACAUUAGUGAUGGUAUCGCAAGUCUUGAGGCAUAUAAGACCCUCAGUGAAGAGGUAAAGAAGAAGGCCAAGAAACCGCCAAAGUACAUUCUGGCAUGGGCCAUUUGGCUAACUUUUUGGAAAAGGUUGGUUGGUAUUAUAGUGAGCGUAGUGGUAAUGAAUGGUGUUGGAAUGAGCGUUGCUAUUUUCCUUCACAAAUUGCUAGGUUUACUACCAAAAAAAGGUUUCAAACUCAUUACACUACUCUCUCUAGCAUUCUCUAUCAUCGCUGUUGAGUUAUUCAAGGACGUUUGCAUGGACCACAUCAACUACUACGUGCAAAGACUUGCCAUUAUAAUGGACUCUUCUAUCCGUAUUACAAUUUUUCAGCAUGGACUCUGUUACAGAAGGAGUCUGUUUGGGCAUCUCUCUGACAACCCUGACGCUUGCAAGAGCAUCAUUCAUGGUUGUUCUGGAGAGGAUAAAUGUUCCAACGACCCAUUCUUGUGCCGGGCAAGGCGUUACAAGAACAAUGAGGUCGUUCCCAAAAUAUAUCCUCUAGUGCUAAACGACUCGUACUACAUUCCCUUCUUUGUGGAAUUCAUUACGGGUAUGAUUGACUUUUUGACUGCGUUCAUCUACGGCAUGAUUCUCAUGAACAGCCAAUUUCAUGUCAAAUCUUUGAACAUUUUAUCGGUCUCCCUUUCCUUUGUUGUAUGCAUGGUUGUUGUGGAGAUUACAAAUGGUUUCCUCAUGAGGUACUACUUGGGUAUCAGGGAUCACAAAAUUGCAAGGGCCAAUGAGGUCAUUGUCUCUUCAUUGAAGCUGGUUGAGACAAUGUCACUGGAUGACAUCGGUCAUAAUAUGAUAACUGAGACUAGAAACGACGAGCUAGUGUUGGUAUUCAUCCGUUUCUUUUUAUCACUCGUCAACAAGGUUUUCAUGACAUCUAUCAUGUGUGUGAACAUUAUCAUCUUGGUCACUGACUUUGUCGGACAAGUUAAGGACGCCACCAACGUUGAGAGCAUUGAUCCUUCGGGACUCUUGGCAUCCAUCUUUGUCAUCAUGAAGAUCAUCGGCCCAUUGUAUCUACUCCCAUUCAAGCUAAAAUCCUUUGUAACUAGCAUGACCUCAUUCCUGAGGGUGGAACGUUUCUUGAGAACUUGUUCUCCAAACUUUUAUCUUCCGGAUAACAAGUUUACUGGGGAUACUCCUUUGCCAGAGGCACUACCUGGUGAAGAGAAGACACUGCCAAAAGGCCUAGUUGUAAUGUUCAAGAAGGCCUCCUUUGCGUGGGUAAAUAGCAGGAAGGAUCUUCUAGACAAUACUGGUGUUACUUGUCUGAGAGACCUUGACUUUGUCCUCAACACUGGUGACCUUGCCAUCAUUACUGGUGCUCAAGGUUCUGGUAAGACCAACUUUGUCAAGGCGGUUCUUGGUGACAUGACUCUUGUUGAAGGAUCAAUGGCUGCACUGCCUCUCUCCACCAACAUGCCAAUAUUCUAUGCUUCUCAAAAAGUGUGGCUACAAAAGGGUACCAUUAAGUCUAACAUUACCUUUGGUCACAGAUUUGAUGAGGAUAUCUACAAGACAGUCAUCAAGACAGUUGAACUUGAGCAUGACAUAUCCACCUGGGAAGGAGGUGAUAUGCGUAAGAUCUCUGAAAAUGGCUACUCUCUCAGUGGAGGUCAGAGAAUGAGAGUUGGACUUGCUCGUGCCAUCUAUGCCUACCUCAUCUUCAGUAAGACUAAUAGGGAGAGUGAAUCUGACCAUUCAUUCCUUGUGGUAAUAGAUGACUGCUUCACUGGACUAGACCCAUUUGUGGCGAAGACAAUCUUUAGGAAUCUCUUUAGUGUUAAUGGUGGACUAUUGACAAAGGGUGAUGUUGCCACAGUACUAACCAUCUCAAGGCGUAUUUUGGAAGCUUGUGUAUCAUCCGAGUCAUCGGAGUCAUUCCCAGAUGCUCCGAUGUACGCAUUGAGGAGUGAAGCCCUUGUACAGGAUAACAGGCUCAGAUCAUUCAUGAAAAACAAGACUGAAGAUGUUCGAUAUCCGGUGACUUCAAUAGAUAAAAUGGAACUUCAGUCUGUACCAUUUGAUGUUCUUAGGAGGUGUAGUUCGGAUGAUUUUACCAAACUUGGACGAAGGAGGUCUACGGAGUCUAGAUAUUCCGACUCUCCAACAGUUCAACAUUUGUAUGAUAAGAACAAGACUAAAAAUUAUAAAAGUGACAUCAUUAGACAAUUUAAGGUUUACUUCAGUGCUGCCAGUUGGCCGGUAUUUUUGUUCCUCUUCCUUACUUUAAUAUUUGCAACUUUGGAUAGCACGAAAUUUAUCAUUACCUCAAAGGUUUCUGACUCAAUUGUCAAUUAUACAGAUGAACAUGAUAAGACAUCAGUUUCGCUGGAGGAUGUUAAGGAGUACUGUUAUAAAUCUUUGAGAUGGAUUCUUGUUCUUUCCAUCGCUGUCAUGAUCGGAGCUUUCUUCCGUAUAGUUGCCAUGACAAAGGCCUCUUUUAAUGUAUCUAGGAGAAUCCACGAAUAUUGCAUUGACUCUGUUUUUACCAAUAAUUCUGCAGCAUUGGCAAUAAAGAAGUCUUUGGGUUGUGUAAUCACAUUCUUCUACAAUGAGACGCUCUACAUUGACACUGAGAUUAGCCAUUUCGUUCACGACUCAUCAGUUUUGUCGAUUGAGACUGUGGUCCAUACGUUGACACUCUUCUUCAUGAUGCCGUGGUCUACUCCAAUUGCUGUUAUACUUUGCUUCAUCAUUCUGAGGUACUUUGUUUACUAUUUUGUCAAGUCAUGCAAGCACUCAUAUCUUGCUUCCAUGGAAUCUUUUAGUCAAAUCAAUGCCAUAAUUGAGACGGCUAUAGUUGGAUCACCUAUAUAUCGCAGUUUUAAAAAGGAAUGGGAGUUGAUACAUAGCAUGUUUGAACAUAUAGACUAUAACCUGAGGUGCGAUUACCUAACCUAUUCUGCAAUGUUUGGUACUUCUAUCGCCUUCAAGUGUCUACUCGCGCCAUUGGCGCUAUUCAUUCUCUUCUUCCCUAUCAUCCGCUCACGUUAUUUUGGCGUGGAGAUCAAGGUUGGUUAUUAUGCCAUGGCAUAUUCUGUCUUCUUGAGUCUGACUGGCACAUUUUCCAAUUUCCUCAGACUUUAUUGCUAUCUAGAACUUUACAUGGGAUCAAUCAGGAGGUUCGAAAAUUUUGUCCUUCCUGGUGCAGAGGUCAAGUUUAAAAAGAAAAGGAACAUUCAUCAGACCGAUGUUAUUGUUGAUCGUUCUGCAUCAAUUGGAGAUGAAAGCCCAUCCGAUGAAAAUAUUAAGGACUCCCUUCGUAGAAGACGUUAUAAUGAGCAUGCCAAGAGAAGAGCUGCUAGAUGUACUAGUCUCAAGAUGCUCUUCUUUAAGCACCAGGUUAAUAUACUUGACAUUUCCAAGUAUGCAGUUCCAGGUCAAGUCAGAGUACAGCUAAGAGAUGUCAGUGUACAUGUGACGUCUGGCAAGUCUAAGGAGAAGCAUGCCAUUCUCAAGAAUGUUACCUGCUCAGCUGAUACCUCGGACAUUAUCGGUAUUGUUGGUAGAACUGGAGCAGGAAAGUCUACCCUAUUGUCAGUACUGCAGGGUCUGGCAAGGAAUAGAGGUGGUUCUGUUCUCCUAGAUGGUUGUGAUUUAAAUGAUAUGCCAAAGAAUGUGACUAGGCAGAUCAUCGGAGUACUUCCUCAACUGCCCUUCGUAUUCAGAGGUUGGACUGUUCGCAGAUUCAUUGAUCCAAGAAUGUUAUUUGAUGAUACCAAUAUUGAAAUGGCUCUGGAAAAUUGUGGUUUACUCAAGUUUGUUGAGAACCUCUCAGGUGGUGAAGGUCUUGACACCAUCAUCAUACCUGACCAUUACCACAAGGAUAUGCCAAGGUAUUACAAGAGGGUAUACUAUGGACCUACUUUAAAGCCACAUGAUUCUUCUGUGGAUAAUGUCAACGUUGACCAUGGCAUGGUGCUUUCAAACUCACAGCUACGCACACUUUCAGUAGCAAGACUAGUGCUCUACAGGGAAUUCUUCAAGGUUCUCCUGGUUGAUGAACCUCCAGAGGAUGAACAUGAGACCUCGUUCGCUACAAUUGGGACCCCCAUUUAUGAUUUAAUCAAGACACAUUUUGGACAUUGUACAACAUUUAUAGCAGCUCAUGAUGUGAGUAUGUUACGCUUUUGCACUUCAGUUUGGGUCUUCCACAAAGGUUCUCUCAUUAGGACCUGCAAGACUGAGGAUAUCGUAGAUACUGGGUCACUCUCCAAAAUUAUAGAAGACUGCAUUACCACACACGCUUAA